GGGGUGCGUGGAUGUGUGUUUACAAUUAUUGUUACACAACUGUGUGUUUGUUGCCGUGUGUGUGUGUGCGUAUGCUUGCGCACAGAAAAUACUCAGAGAUAUGGGACACUGGUAAAUCCAGGUGUUCAGGUUCGUUUUCUGGAGAAAUCCAUCUUGCUUGACAAGCCAUUUAGUGCUAUACUUUAGUUGGUGGUUAAAACUGCUCAUUCGUGUUAUUGUUCAAUGAUAAACAUACAGACAAUAAAAUACUGUGACUGAUUUUGAUUUGUUUUAUUAUUAUUCUACUAAAAAAUCAUACAGUAGCCUGAGAGUUCCACUUUCAAAGCAUAUUUGAUGACUCAGAAGGAAUGCAUUCUUUAGUCAGUCAAAGUGAACUUUAUUGUUACAUUGAACAAAUGAACUUCCAAGACUAGACCAGUAUAAAAUAUCAGAACUAUAAUUGCUUCAACAUUUCUUUUAGAUAAACUCGGUCAUGCCACUUAGAGUAGGCCUACAUUUUAUAGAGGCGUUAUAACGAAUUCCACAGGAGUUAUUAAGCCUGAUUUUAUUGAUCGUACAUUACCAUAUAACGCGUCAGAGGGCGCCAAAGACCAGCUCUCUGUGUAUUAGCUCUUCGUCUUCCAGGGCUCGAUACUCUGGCUGAUCUGUGACUGGUCGCGUAAUAUGAUGAUUCCGGGCCGGGAGAGGAGGCGAUCUCCGGUCUGACCUCCACGCUUCAGGGCAGGAAGUUUAGCAACUAGUGCGUGCUACAUCUGCGAGCGCUUAUGGCUGGAGAAACAAACUGGCUUAUGAGUAAUUACGCAGUAGAGUUAACAGCCUAUAACAUCAGAAAAAGUUACAGACAACAUCUUAUUUGUAUGUCUAUUUGUUAUUAGAUAAAGCACAGUUUUGCGAAAUUACAGCGAUUACAUUUUUAAAAAGUAGUCAGCGGAAGAUUGUUGCAAAAGUGGUUGAGUGGCAGUCGUCGUCUUUCGCUGCCCGCAUCCGGAGCGUCUAGUUCAGUUGCAUAGGUGAGGAGUCGAGAUUACCCAGGGAGAAGGGAUGCGCCGCCGACGCAUCGUGCGUCUGAGGGCGGGACUUCCGUUUGAAGAAAACUUGUCAACAGUUUCUCACCAGAAACAAAUAACAUGUAGUUUGAUUUCACGCGAAGGGAUGCAACAACUCAACAAACGGCACGAAUCUGAGAGUAAUGGAGUGACGGACGGAUAACCCCAAAAUGAGCGUGUUCUGGCACUAACGGUAUUUAAAGUUCUACGGAGCAGCCUGCGCUAGCCGUGAACGUCUCUGUCAAGAGUUGUGCGCUGAAGUCUACCAGUGUCCAACGAGAAGGGAACUUAUUUCUUGUUAUACGGGCGGAGAGCUGCUUCACAGUUGAAGACCGUCAACUCGCCACAGAACCUCGCCGAUAGCUCGUUGUGGCUACAGUGGAAAUUUGCUUCAAAAUCACAACUUGGACUCGGUUCGAGCCUGGAAGAGGUGUGACGGACGAGAAGUGGAGAGACGGACCGAGUGUGUGAGUGACAGACAGAAAGAGGGUGUUGUAAAUCUGAGAAUCAAUGGUGUUGGAUUAACCUUUUUACUGUUUUCUCAAAACAGAGAUUUAUAAACACACUAUUUGUACUUUGGUAACACUUGAUCGGCCUCAAGAGAAAUACAACACCCCCUUAAACUUAUUUUUCCGAUGUGAAGAGUUGAGGAUAUUCUUCCUAAAAGCCUGGCACAAGCUUCUGUGGAUGUGCUUUGACUCUGUUUGAACGUGUAUUCGUCACCCUGAUAAAUGAUGUGGGAGGGACAUUGUGCAAGGUAUACUACAUCACUUCAGUAGGUUAGGCUUUCUUUUCCUGGAGAUUAAAGCUCGUGUGAAUGACUGUGAGCCUGGAGGAAAAACGCAUUCAAACAAGUCAAUGCGUGAAAUGUACGUCAUUCAACUUCAGUGUCCAGACUUCAUCAGAAUGUAGGUUGACAUCUGGCCCGUGAUGCGCACACCUUUGGUUCACAAUUUCAGCCUAAAACCGUAUCUCUCCUCUAAGGCUGACGGUUGGAUGUUGCGCCAUUUGCGGUAUGGUGCGAAUGCAACCGUUCUUGAAGUGUGCUUGUAGGCCUAUAUUGCAUCAAAUAAUAGUUUGAAACCACAGCGUUCCAUGGGCCCCCAGUCAGGAAUCUAAAUUGGCCACGGAGACGUCAGAGUGUUGGCUACAACACUCUAUUGGAUUAUAAACUUUGCCUUUGUCCAAUACGUGACCCUCAGCACAAAUGCCUACAGCGGAAAGUUGUUCACCGAUUUUUCUGGGAAAACCUCGAGAUAAUCCUCAACAUGGAUUACCCGUGGUAAUCUAUAGUUAGACUCAGAGCUGGGUGGUUCUUCUUUCGGUGUGAAAGUCUUCCCCUGUCGUGUCGACCCCGCCUCUGAAACUGCUCACGGUAACGGAGAUAAACUUUACCUGUCGGUGAGCAGCAGAGAAGACAAAUAUUUUUUAACUGCUAGUUUUACACGAUUAGUUAUUUUGUUGUGUCGCUGUGUAUUUAUUUUAGGCUAUUGUUAUCUUUGACCCGAGGGACAAGGGGUUCACCCAAUCUGACCUGAUCGACGCGCACGUACGAAAGAUCCACAUCAUUUGGUGGAAUGUAUCCCGUGGCGCAGGCGCAGUAACACUGUCAGGCAAGCCAUCUAUAAAUACGCGAAGGGAGGAGAACGCCUUGUUCGUCUUCAGCCAAGUGCGCCUUGCGCAACCUCCGGGCAAAGAGCUGCCUGCUCCUGUGCAAAAGGCUUGGCUCCAGGUCUCGCUUUCUCUUUAAAAAAAAAAAAAAAAAAAACAUUACAAAGUUCUUCACUCUUUUUCAGAAGUUCGCACAGUGAGGGCUUAUUUGAAAGUUGUAUGUGUGUUUUUUAAAGGUUUUAAAGUGCACAGAAGGAGUGUAGUUGCAAUUCCUAUGGGAAGGCCUCUGUGAGUUCACCUGAGGACUGUUUUUGAGUGUGAUCUGUGGAAUGUAACCAGAUGCUCCCCUGUGGGUUUGCUGAUGAAAAGAGACCAUUAUUCCUCCUCAUCCCCCAAGCACUCUCUGUCCCUGUCUGAGUGGAGAUACUUGGAUGUUCCAUGUUGCUUUUGGUUGACCUCAGAGAUUUGUUUUCUCAUUCUGUGAAGCCCAGUUGCAUUGGUGUGUAUGUGCGUGUGUCUGACAUUCUUUGGAAUCUGGGCAUUAACGAGGAAAGAGAUAUGAGUCUUCACACUCAGGGCUAAUAACACAAUAACAACACACUCAACCCCCCCCCCCCCACACACACACACACACACACACCCCUACCCCAAACACACACUCCACUCACACACUGACACACUUACACAUUUUCACCUUUACAAUGAGUGGGGGUAAGAAAAAAAGUGGUUUCCAGAUCACUAGCGUGACGUCUGACUACAGCCAGUGGACAACGGACAGCCCCAGCGGCCAGAACCCUGCGCCUGCAGACGGCAGCCCUGCGGGGGGGCUGAGCAAUGGAGGCCAGAGUGCCACGGCUUCCCCGUCUCUCCCUCACCGGCAGCAGCCCACAGCCGACAGGAGCUCAACGGACCCCGCUCAGACUGUGCCCAACGGGCCUAGCCCUUUCCUUGCCCUCAGCCCGCCUUCCUCGCAGACGGACAGGAGCUCCAGCCAACCGGCUACGCCCGUCCUCUCGCGGCGGCAGAGCGAGGCGGAGCAGCAGGGCAGCGGCGGGGGCAGCGGCGGCGUUCUGAGCAGCAGCGGCGGGGCGUCCCGAUUCCGCGUGGUGCGCCUGGGCCAGGGCCUCGGGGAGCCGUACCGCCGCGGCCGCUGGACCUGCGUGGACCAGCUGGAGCGGCCCGAGCCCGAGCCACGCCUGCGCCGCGUGCUGGACAGCAUGCGCCACGCCCACUCGCUGGAGUCCCUGGAGACGGUGGGCCUGGAGAGCGGGGGCCUGGGUGGCGCGGUGGCCGGGGCGGCGCUCAAGCCUCUGGGGCUGGCCAGGGGUCUGCGGGGCGCGGCGGCGGCAGCAGCGGGGCCCCUCGUCCACUCCCAGGGCACCAGCCACCUGCUCGCGCACCAGCAGCAGCCGCAGCAGAGGCAGGCCGGCGCUCUCAGUGGGCCGCCCUCACCCACGCACGCCAGCCCCGAGCCACCCAGUCUGCUGUCGCCACCCACGCCACGCACGCGCAACAUUCCGCCGCCACUCAGGCUGGACAUGGAUGCCACCGGAAAGUUCCGUAUGACCCAGUCACAGCCCAGCUCCCCAGGCUCCCACCUGGGUGGCCGAGAUGGUCUGUUCCACCCGAGCCUCACACCCAUUCAAACGCCCUCAGCGCUUGCCCUGGCACAGUCCAUGUUUGGAGUGGGGGGGUGCCUUGAAGAUGUGGGCAAAGUCAUCGUCUACUUCCUGUUUGUGAGACUUCCUGUCCGUUUAGAGACUGUGAGAGUAACCCCCGGGGCGGCGGACAUGUUUGGCAGCGUGAAGAAGAUCAUAUCUGCCUUUGAGACGCGCAGGCAGGCACGUCCGGCCUCUCUCCCUCCGCCGCUGCCCUCCUCCCUCAACUCAUCCAUUUCUUCGUCCCCUGUCUCAGCGUCCUCCCCGUCCACGUCCCUUGGUUCUCCUUCUUCCCCGUCCUCCUCUUCCUCCUCCUCUGUCCUGUCCAAGGUUUCUCCUCUUAACAGCCCUGUCAAUCAUGAGCCCAGACCCUAUCCUCUCAGGGCAUCAUCUCCUGGCAAGCCCUGUCCGGGCUCCAACUCUUGUUCUUCGCCAUCUGCGAAGCGAUUGGCCCGGUUGUCUGUCCCACCAGCAGCUGAACCAAUCAUGUCACCUUUCCACACUACCUCUCCACCUUACCCACAGAGGACGGCAGAGAAAGUGGUUAUGCGGGAAAGAUGGAAAGAUGGUGGUCGGGAGGGGACAGGGGGAAGCGUGCUCAGAGACGUCCCCCGGAUGAGGGUGCGCGACUCCUGGCCCAUCGGACAGCAGCAGUUUGGAGAGCGGUGGAGCCGCUACACCCAGACGGUUCCCCUCCGAGCAGACAGACACACUCAGACCUUAUCCAUCAGCGCAGGACCCAAGUCCACAUCUGCCAUUUGUCGGAAAUCUGCAUCUGCCUCAGGUGGAUCUGGUAAUAGUGCAAUUGCUAUCGACAACAAGAUUGAGCAAGCUAUGGAUCUGGUGAAGACGCACCUGAUGUUAGCUGUUCGAGAGGAGGUGGAGUUGCUGAGAGAGCAGAUCAAGGAGCUGACAGAGAAGAACGCCCAGCUUGAGCGAGAGAACUACAUCCUCAAGGCCCUCAGAGACCGCCACUAAGCAUGAUGGGUCUUGUAGUCCUUAUGCCCCACAGACCACUUGGGACACACAGCCUGUUUUCCUAUCAGUCUCCUGGGAAAGUGAGACUUACAGGUGUGACUGGAUGUGAGGUUUGUCUACCCACAGUAAACACAGGAAGAUGCACUUUUCUUGUCCACAGACCACAUGGGACUUGUAAUCCAUUUUGUCACCGGCUUUGGGAUGUGGCAUAAAUACUCCUCCGGCCUCUGGCCUUUGGAAUGGCACUCAGGAUGAAGGGAUGAGUGAAAAAAGAAUGUGUAGAGCGACAAAAGAGAUGGAUGGAAGAAGAGGAAUUAAAGGAGUGAAUGAAAACUAAGAACUUAGGACAGAAGGAUGGAACAUUUAAACUAGACUGUCAAUCCUCACUUUUGCGAAAAGUUGUGCAGAAAGAUGUGUAGGCUAGGACUCCCUGAUUCAAGCACAAGCAGAUUAUAGGAACACGCACUUGCAUUUGGUAUAUCUUUUGGUCAUAUUUAAAAUCCCACAUCAGACACACUUGUAUCUGCACCUGUGCAGAAUGAAUGCAGAUGCACUUUCACACAGAUGCACACAGGAUACACACAAACUCAUGAUCUUAGUUCUCUAUCUCUCUCCCCCUCCUUCCCUCUGUCUGUCUCGCUCACUAUCACUGGCUUGCACACACACCUGCACAUUUUCAACAUGAAUUAGGGAGUUGUGUUAGAAGUUACACUUACACUGUCUAAUAUCUCAUAUAAUCAUUUUAAGGUGGAGUUUGCAAUAAUGUCUGUCAUAAUAAUGACGAGUAGUGUUAACAAGAGAUCUACCAAAUGGGGACCUUUGAAUGCCAUCUUUAUUUAUUUAAAUAUGUUUUCCACCAGAAUGAAUGAAUGAAUGUUUAUUUUUGCAGUCAACCAGGCCUAUGGAUUCCCUUCAGUUAUGUGUGUAUGUGGGCACAUGCUUGUCUGUGUGUGUGUGUGUGUGUGUGUGUGUGUGUGUGUGUGUGUGUGUGUGUGUGUGUGUGUGUGUUUGUAUUCCUCUAUGUAGCGGUGUCUUGCCAUUAUUAGGCUGUGGCCUCUCCUCCCCUACAGAUGGCAUGCUCAUUUCUUUCUGUCAGCAAUGUUAAGUAACUGUGGCAACCAAACCGUGGGGUGCAGUUGUCAGUAUCAAGUAUCAACCAGCAUAGACUUUUACACAUCCUGUUCCUGCUGUCAUCUCCACUUCAAAAGGACCCCAGUGCCUGCCCUAAAAACUGUCUAUGUCCAAGCAUGUGUGUGUGUGUGUGUGUGUGUGUGUGUGUGUGUGUGUGUGUGUGUGUGUGUGUGUGUGUGUAUGUGUGUGUGUGUGUGUGUGUGUGUGUGUGUGUGUGUGUGUGUGUGUGUGUGUGUGUGUGUGUGUGUGUGUGUGUAUGUCUGCGUGUGUGUCUGCAUGAGUCUCUCUUAGCACCUUUGUGCCAAAUGGAUCUUGAAUGUCUUACUCUGCAAGCACUGCUAUGCUCAUAGUUUUGUACAUUCUUUUUAGGUCGCUGCAGUAACAAUUGUUGUCUGCUGUUUUGUUGCCAUUAUCACUCCUGGUCUAUGCUGUUUCGCUGUUCCUCCGGUAAUGCUGAACAGUGGUACGAGGGGAGUGUUUCAUGACUGUUACACCUUUGGUUCUGAACUUAAAGUUCCAUUUAAUCACAAUCUCCUUCCCCCUUUCCAGCCCCACCCCCCACCCCCUACCCAUCUCUCUCUGUGAAGUGCUAUUGUCCGAGAUGUUAAUUAUCUCUACUGUUGAAUGGAAAAAAAAGA